UUCUUCCUCCUCCAACGUAAACUGUCUUUUUUUUUUUUUUUUUUUUUAAACCACGCUAAGGUGGAACGGAGCGUGUACGACAGUGGGAGUACUUUGAGCUGUUAUGUAGUGGAGUCUGGAGCCGCUCUGGAAGGUUUUGCAAUAUGAAGAAUGGAAGCAGACGAUGUUACUAUCAGGGAGCAGAAUUUCCACAGCCAAGUCCGGGAGUACAUUAUAUGCUUCCUUCUGUUUGCGGUGCUCUACAUUGUCUCCUACUUCAUUAUCACCCGAUACAGGAGGAAGACGGAUGACCACGAGGACGAAGAUGCCGUUGUCAACAGAAUAUCGUUGUACUUGUGCACGUUCACGCUCGCCGUGUCGGGCGGCGCCGUCUUCCUGCUGCCGUUCUCCAUCAUCAGCAACGAGAUCCUUUUGUCCUUCCCCAAGAACUAUUACAUCCAGUGGCUCAACGGCUCCCUCAUCCACGGACUGUGGAAUCUGGUGUCGCUCUUCUCCAACCUUUGCCUCUUUGUCCUGAUGCCCUUCGCCUAUUUCUUCCUGGAGUCGGAGGGCUUCGCCGGAUCUAAAAAGGGCAUCAAGGCGCGCGUUUUGGAGACCUUUGUAAUGCUCUUCCUGUUGGCUCUGCUCAUUCUGGGCAUUGUGUGGGUGGCUUCGGCGCUCAUCGACAACGACGCAGCCAGUAUGGAGUCACUCUACGACCUCUGGGAAUUCUACCUACCAUACCUUUAUUCGUGUAUAUCUCUGAUGGGAGGACUUCUCUUACUCAUGUGCACCCCCGUGGGAUUGUCAAGAAUGUUCACCGUCAUGGGCCAGUUACUCGUCAAGCCAACGAUCCUGGAGGACCUGGAUGAGCAGAUUUACUGCAUCCAUUUGCAAGAGGAAGCCCUUCAGAGGAGAUUAAACGGGUCAUCCACCUGUGCAUAUACGCGAAGAGGCUCCACCCACCAGCUCACUAAAGAACUGGACAGCAUCAGAAACAUGAGAAAUAAACUGGAAAGAAGAAAGCUAGCGUCUGGUUGGGAGAAGAACUUGCUCUAUCCCAUGGUGAUGCUGAUCCUGCUUGCAGGAACGACAAUCUCAGUUCUUCUGGUGGCGCUGAACAUCCUCUACCUGCUCGUGGAUGAGACGGCCAUGCCCAAAGGUUCAACGGACCGAGGAGACAUCGGCAACACCUCUCUGUCCACGUUUGGCGUAGUCCAGGCCGUGCUGGAGAUCAUCCUCAUGUUUUAUUUGAUGGCUUCCUCCGUGGUUGGCUUCUACAGCCUGCGCCUAUUUGAGGGUCUCACUCCGAGGAAGGAUGACACAACCAUGACAACGAUCAUUGGAUGCUGUGUGUCCAUCCUAGUGCUGAGUUCAGCCCUGCCAGUAAUGUCUAGAACAUUAGGCAUCACCAGGUUCGACCUGCUAGGGGAUUUCGGGAGAUUCAACUGGUUGGGCAACUUCUACAUCGUCCUCUCGUACAACAUGUUGUUUGCGGUGGUCACCACGCUGUGUCUGGUGAGGAAGUUCACCUCAGCAGUGCGGGAGGAACUACUAAAGGCCUUAGGUCUAGAUAAAUUGCAACUGUCACACAGCCCCACGGACCCAGAAUCUGGGAAGAUCUCGGCCAACGGGCAUCAGAAAACUCUGUGAAAGGUUUGACAGGGUGAAGACUUCCACGGCGACGGCCCGACUGCUGAAAGGUG